CAAAUAAACAUAUAUUGCCACCCUUGUGUUCCUUUCCGGGUCGUCGCCGUAAAAUGGCUGCCUGUUAAAUUUCACGACAUCGAAUCGAAUAUCAAUAAAGAUAAUUUCCCGCCAAAACGCUGGACAAUAGAUCCUCAAGUGAAGUAAAAGUCGUUCAUUCAUCCGUUUGGUGCAGUUGCAAAAAUGAAGGGCGGCACAGUCCAGAUAACAUGGCACGAUUCAAAGCCUGUUCUCACUCUCGACUUUCAUCGUCUUACGGGAUUUCUCGCCACAGGAGGCGCCGAUCACGACAUCAAGUUUUGGUCAUUGCAUCAAACUGAAAGCAAGAAAGAAGUUCCAAAAGCAUCUUAUGAAAGCAGUCUUGCUUAUCAUAGUUCUGCUGUCAACAUUUUGCGUUUCUCUCCAUCAGGAGAACAACUUGCUUCAGGUGCUGAUGGUGGGGAGCUAGUUAUAUGGAAACUGCAUAAUGCAGAGAAUGGGAAUGGUUGGAAAGUACUGAAGACACUCUCAUUCCAUCGCAAGGAUGUUCUUGACCUACAGUGGUCACCAGACGGCAAUUUCUUGAUUUCUGGUUCAGUUGAUAAUUCUUGUAUCAUAUGGGAUGCUACUAAAGGUGGUGUACAACAGAUUUUGGAUGCUCAUUUGCAUUAUGUUCAAGGCGUUGCUUGGGAUCCAGCCGGUGUGUAUGUGGCAUCAACAAGCUCUGACAGGACAUGCAGAAUCUAUAUUAAUAAGCCUCAGAAUGGUAGAGCCAGGGGUCAGGAGAAGAUGAAUUAUGUAUGUCAACAUGUGAUUGCAAAGGCUGAAUCAGAAAAGCAGGGCACAACAAAGUUACAUCUUUUCCAUGAUGAGACAUUGCCAUCAUUUUUCAGAAGAUUGCAGUGGUCGCCUGAUGGCUCAUUUCUAGUUGUUCCAGCAGGUAUUCAUAAAUUUUCCGCAGAUUCAUCAUCAUCCAAUACAGCAUAUGUUUUUUCUAGAAAGGACUUUUCCAGGCCUGCUUUACAACUUCCUGGUGCUAGCAAACCUAUUGUGGCAAUCCGCUUUUGUCCUUUAGUUUUCACCCUUUGUGAAGAAAAUUCAGAUGCUCUAUUCAAACUUCCAUAUCGUGUUGUAUUUGCCAUUGCAACAUUGAAUUCAUUGUAUAUUUAUGAUACUGAAAGCAGCACUCCCAUUGCAAUCUUUGCGGGGCUUCAUUAUGCAGCCAUAACGGACAUUGCAUGGUCAUCUGAUGCAAAGUUUCUUGCGGUAUCAUCCCAAGAUGGCUACUGUACGCUGGUAGAAUUUGAGAAUGGGGAACUCGGUUCGCCUGCAACCUUGUCUGAAAUACCUUCGCAUGUUGCAAGUUAUUUGCCUCAAGCUACAGCAGCAAUGGCCAACAUUGUGGCAGAGAAAAUAGAUGUGGACAUGUCUGUGGGAGAUGAAAAAGCUAUGAGAAGGGACUCAGAGAUUGAAACAGAGAAAGGUGUCAAAACUGUCAGGCCAAGAAGACUAGAGAAGUGUGAAGCAAUGAUAGAGAAAGAAGACAAAUUAGUCUCGGUGACUUCUGGCAAUGGUUCUCCAAUCAAUGGGAAAGAAUCUACGUAUCAAAAGAAACAGGAAGAUAUGACUCCAGUAGCCAAUCAUCCCAAGAUUUCCAAAAGGCGCAUUACUCCAAUAGCUGUAGAAGUAGAAAAUUCUGUGACAGAAAAUCAAAAGAUUGAUGUGGACUUGUCUUUGGCAGAUAAAACUGUUACGUGCAAGGAUCUAAAGAUGGAAAUGAAGGAAGUUGUUGAAACUGUACAGUCUACAGGACCACGGAAGUGUGAUGUAAUAACUGAGAAUGUAGAGAAUUCUAUUUUGAUGGUUUCUAGUAACAGUUCUUUAAGCACUGAGAAAGAAUCUAGUUGUGAUCAAAAGAAACAGGAAGAUAUGCAGCCGGUAGACAAUCUACCCAAGCCUCCUAGAAGGCGCAUUAUUCCAAUAGCUGUUGAGAAGUCAUAAGCUAAUAUCAAGUACCGAGAGAAAAGAUUUCCCUGAUGGUGGUUUUGUAAUUUAACUAUGUAGAGGCAGAGAUGCUGCAGUUCAUAUCCAUUCUUAACAGCAUCUGUAAUUGUGGCUUGUUUUAUCUUGGUGAAAUACAGAGUUACAUGUUCUUUUGUUACCAGCGGAAACUUCUAAUUUUGCUCAGUAUAUUUCAUUUUUGUUUUUA